AUGAAAAGGUGCGGAUUCAUUAACGAGACCAGCUCACAGAUCCAACAGGUGCAGGGUCAGACAACUGUAACCCUGGCAGGCUUGCUUGCCUACACCAACUACACCGUUCAGGUGGCGGCAAGUAACAGGAAGGGUCGUGGCCCUGCCUCACCUCGGCUCACCUGUCAAACCAUGGAAGCACCCCCAGAUCCUCCGGGUUAG